GUCGGAUCCUAUGUCACUUUGUUUUAUCAUUCGGCAGACGCGUCAGUUGCUUCGUACGUUAUUAUGAAUAAAACCCGGUAGAAAAUACAGUUACAAAUUCUUUUUUCGUGGUAGUGCUGAGUUGCUUAGAAUGAAUUUGAACGUGGAUGAAUACAUAGAGGGCUUAUUUUCUAAAGAUGCCUUCGAACAACCAUCUGAUUCCAAAAAGCCUGAAGAUUUGGAGAUGAAAUUACCAGAAUGGUUCGAUGAGAAACAGUUCAAUAAAGCCAGGAGAUUCUACUGGAACAACUGUUAUAUGCUGUCGUCGUCGAUGCUGAACGGCCUCGUCGCUGUGUUCGCUAUACCAUCCAUAUUACAAGUUUUAAUUGGCACAAAACGUUCAAACUCCCCGUACACGGCGUACAAACGUUACCUCUCAACGUUACUUCACACGCUUAGCUGGUUCGAACACGAAUUGAAACCUGGUAGUAGAUCUUGGAGAUCCCUUUUCACUGUGCGUACUCGUCACUUCAAAGCAAGUUUAGCUGCGAAACUCAAAAAUCAACCGCUAGUCUCCCAAAGGGACCUUGCACUCACACAAUUCGGUUUCAUUGGUUUCUCGAUGAUCAAAUCGGACAAAUUCGGCAUCCGUCAAUUUGAAACUGGCGAUUGGGAAGCAUACAACCACUUUUGGCGGACCAUCGGACAUCUUAUCGGAUUGGAGGACAAGUAUAAUCUGUGCCGCAAGAACGUUGAUGAAACCCGUCAGGCCUGUCAGAUACUGCUGGAUCGUGUGUACACCCCCUGUCUAGAGAACGUUCCAGAAUACUUCGAACAUGUAUCACGCGCCAUGCUGGAAGGUCUGUGGUGUGUCAAUCCCACGGUACAUAUCGAUGGGAUGCUAUACUUUACGAAGUACUUGUGCUCGGUCCCAGGGUAUGUUUAUACGGAACAAGACAGGAUCGAGCUGCAGCAGAAGUGUAUGAAGCAGUUAAAUGGACGGUCGGACGAAAUUGGUAUCGAAACAUCAUCACUAAUGGCAAAGCCUUUAAUUGAUCUGCCUCCAAGGAAACAUCUUAUUUACAUUAGAGAUUACGACAGCUUGGAAACGGUGCCGCCAUAUAAACGGCUACCACUAGCUGGCAAAUAUAAAACGGCGCUUUACUAUAUACUCUCUGCCUUUUACACGUCAUAUAUAGGCAGGAUAUAUCUGAACUUAAAUUUCAGAUUUAGCUUGUUCUUAAUGAAGUAUUUCCCGUACAUGGCUUUCUUUAGAUUUGGAAUUAUUAAAUCAUAUGUUAAUAUAUUUAAAGAGGACCCCAUGGACAACGCUGAACUGAAGCCGAACUCAGAGUAUGAGAAACCUCAACCUCCUUUGCCACUUUACAAAGAACUUUUGUCUUUGAUCUGGUGAUACAGUUAUAAGUGCUUUUUCUCAAAUUGAGAAGUAAAAUUUGUGUUUUAAAUAAACUUCACAUUCCAAAUAAAAUACCUAAAUAGUGGGCAAAUGAAUGAUUUGUAAUACGCAUCUAGUUUUUUGUAAUAGUAAUGAUGACAAUACCUUUAUUGCCUUUGCGCGAAGGGCACUUCUAUGUAAGUUUUAUGAGUGGUAUUAAUACUGUGACUAGUUCUAAGGGAGAAAAUUUGGGAUUGUAUGGUGGUGGUCGUUGUAAACAUAUUAACUAUUAAGUAGCUAUAUAUUAAUUUAUACAUAAAUCUAUAAAAGAAUUACUAAUAUCAAGGACAAACGUUUUAUUUCCAACAUGAUAUUAAUUGUUAAUUAGUUAUUAGAACAUUGUUUUAACAAAUAUCUUUAUAAAAGCAAUGAUUUUCCUCAAUAGAGGGAUACGUAAAAAUUUUAGGUCAGAUACAAAAUGUGUAUUGUAAUCUGUAAUGCGAAUUAUUUCACUACUGCCUUAUCAUUUUUAUCAUCUUUGUGAUAGCCUAUCAGUUAAUCAUUCUAGGUAUUUAGAGACCACUAUUAAUUCAUAUGAUAUUGUACCGAUAAUUAUAAUUAAUAAUCUUAUAUAUAAAUAUUUAAAAGAAAUCAUUAUUAUAUCUA